GCUGACGAGGAGCAGCUGGAGCAUGCGAUCGAGGCAGCCGUAUCUGCCGACGUGGACGACGAGGACAUCCUCAAGGCCCAGAACAAGUUGCUAGAGCUGCAGAUGAUGACUCCUGAGGAGAAAGCCGCAAAGGCCGAGCGUGUAAAGCACCAGCAGCAGAAGAAGGAUGCCUUCCAGUUCGUCAAGAAAAAUGACGUCGAGGGGCUGGCUGCGCUAUUGGACUCCCUGGAGGAGGAUGUCCACUGGCAGGAUUGGCGCGACUAUGCGGGCCGGACGUUGGUUCGCUGCGCGGCGGAUUUGCGGUCCGAGCUUGUGCAGAAG